AUGCCUUCUAUCCUCGCAUCCGCCCUCUCCCUCCUCUUUCUCUCCUCCAACCUCGCCACCGUUGUCCACGCCGGCAACUCCAAAUUCUACCUCGACCAACAAAACUGCGCCGGCGGCGCCUACGUCGACUUCGACAUCCACGAAGUCCACAAAUGCUACGGCCUCACCUCCGGCACCGCAGCAUCCUUCUACACUGACAAGGGCAACGAGCUAGACUACGUCAAAGUAUACAGAAAGGACAAAGACCUUAAAUGCGGCAAAGAAGAGUGCAGCGUGAAACAAGCCCACUCGUGCUGCUCGUCCAAGAAGAAGCAGAUUACGGGGAUCCAGGAGGUGCGCUUUAUUGAGCCUUGUUCGCCUUUGCCGCAUUGUAAGAGGCAGGCAGAGCUUCAGGAGCUGGCUGGUAGCCAGAAUUGCACGAGCGUUGAUGAGAUCGGCGAGCCCUUUAUUGAGCUUGGCGAUGGAACGCACUUUGGCCUCGGCGUUGGAACGCUCGGAAAGUUCACUGCGGAUGAGCUUCAGGAGCAUCUUGAGGCCAGUGGAAAGGAACGGCUUCCGGCAGAGGAGAUUGCGAACCUGAUUCAGCUCAAGGUCAUCAGGUUCCUUAUUUAA